CUGGUCACACCAGGUCGUUACCGUACUUCCCUGCCAUGAUGCCAUGGCGUCUCAUAGAAGAGCAAGAGUGAAACAUUUGUGUUGCUUUUGGAUCUUUUUCAUUGUUGUCGGAAGCGCGCAUAGAACCGAGGACUUGGCCACUGAUUUCAAUGUGGGUGAGACAUGCAAUUUAGAUGUGUGGAACCCUGAGAGUUUCUUGCAGAUCGCAACGCACUUGGCCGCGCAAGCUGAAACCCAAGAUGCUCCAAGUACCCACAAACCGAAGAGUAUGAAACAGGUUGAAGUGUUUUCCAGACAGAAAUCGAUGACACAUGCAAUGCCCAGAAUUUUUGAGCAACUCAGCAAGUACCUGGUUGCUUUUGCAUACACGAGUUUUUCUAUGGUUUGCGCGGGCCUUUGCUUGAUUGGCUUGCCUUCGAAACAACCCCAAGAUCCAAGGGUGAAAGAAGGUUGUUCCACUAGCUGGUGGGUAUUUAUGGGCUUCAUCUAUGCCCUGGUUUAUUUCACCACAGACCAAUAUGUGCCUUCGCUCCCACAGAUGGAGAAGGACUUGGGUGGUUCGCAGUCGUUGAUGAGUGGAACUGUGCAGAUCAAUCUGUUCGUGAAGGCAGUCUUUGGUCUGUUGGCUGCAGGUUUAUCUGACCACAUUGGCCGCCGACCAGUGGUGUUGUUUUGCAUCUUCCUUCUGUCCCUGGCCUCAUUCUGCUGUGCCUGUGCUAAUCAGAUUGAGUGGUUCAUCCUUGCGCGCGUUCUUCAAGGGAUGGGGGAGUCCAUUGAACCUGUUGUCUUCGCGAUGGCUAGGGAUCACUUUCAGGACCCUGAGGAACGGGUGAGGAUCAUGGCGGCACUCCAGAUGAUUGCCUUUGUGGGUAUCGCUGUUGCUCCUUUCUUUGGCGGUGUCUGUGCACACUUCCUGGACUGGCGAUCAACAUUUUUUGCCUUGGCAUUAAUUUGGAUGUUGGUGGGUUUUUGUACUUGUGCAAACAUGAUGGAAUGCUGCCCUGAUGGUCCUCGUGAAAGCUAUUUGAAGGAUGUACAGCGCAUUGUGGACCCGCACCUUAUCUGCUUGCUGCUGAGCGAGAGCUUUGUUUUGGGAGCGUAUUUCAUCUUCAAUGCCAAUAGCAGCUAUUUGGCUGAGGUCAACUUCGGCCAAUCUGUGCUGUCCACAUCCGUCAUCAUGCUCGGCUUUGCCGUGGUUUGUGGCUUGGGGGCCCUGUGCGCUGAUCAGAUUCAGGCGAGUGUCCUGAGUCGGGGUCGAUGGGCUUCCGGCCUUCUGGCCAUCAGUGGCAUCAUGUCCCUAGUGCUGACAGCUUUCUUUCCGAAUGACUUCUGGGCGUACCUGGUGGGAUCCUUCGUGCAAGCGAGCAUGAUGGUCACCAGCCAGGUUGCCGCCAACGUGCUCUUUUUCGAGCCGUUGCAGGACUGCGCUGGCAUGGCUGCCUCCUUUGAGAUUCUGGCACAGAGUGUGCCGGCCUCGAUCUUCUCGGCCUUUGCCACGCAGUCCAUGAUUCACUUCAGAGAGCCUGUGGUGGGUCUGACACUGCCGCAGGCGAGUUGCUGCAUGGCCGCAGGUGCACUGUUUUGGCUGGGCUGCUGCUGCCUACCCAAGACGGAAAAAGAAGAUGCCAAGCAGAGGUCCAUCAAAGAUCCAGAUGCAAACGUGUUAGUUGAAGAUUCUUGUGCCAACUAGGAGGGAGGCCAGUUUGUCUUGAACCAGACGGAUUGUCUGAACAAAAAAAGGGAAGAAAAACCCGAAAUCCAAUGGGUUUAUCAUCGUUUUCCCUCUUCAAAUGCAGUUUCUUGGACAGCAGAAAGCUGUACAUGUACAGCAGAUAGCCGUGGAUCUGCCAGAAAGGCUGGCCAAAGACCGAAAAACAUACCCUGCAG